AUGAUUAAAUUUUAUGGAUUAGAAACACACAAUGUCUAUAAUAUUUCAAUAAAUGCAACAACGUAUUUAAGCAAUUCAACAGUGUUACUCACUACUUCAGAAAAAGUGGAACUACAACCAGGUUUAAUUGCCUUAGUAUCACUGAUGGCCUUUGUACUCUUAGUUAUGAUUGCAACACUGUUAUUACCGAAAUCAAUACAAGAUAAUCUGUUCCAGUUAAUUUUGAAUCAGACACCAGAUCAAACAUUUAAUUACAUUGAUGUUGGUUUGUAUAAAACUAGACACUCCAUUUAUCGUAAAGAAGUUUACUCUUUAGCAAUGCAAGGCAACCAAUACAGAAAACGAGAAGAAACGCAUACCUUACUUAGUAGUGAUAAGAGUAGCAAUUCACACAAAUUUAAAAAUAAUAGACAGAUAAGACCAUUAGCUACAAAGUCAGUUAUUGCUUCCGUUUCAACUCCAGAGGAUUAUGAGAAGUCUGAUCAGUGUUCGUGUUCAACAUCAGUGUGUAAAUCAACUCUCUCUUCAUGCAACUGUCAUAUUCAAAAUGACAGUGUUCAGAUGAAAAACACAAAAUUAGUGACGUUUUCUACAAAAACCUGCUGUAAUGAUAAUAAUGAUGACGAAAAUAAUCAUAAUAUUAAUUGCAAUAAAAAUAUUGACACUAAUGUUAGCUGUGAAAGCUGUAUGUAUGCUGGUAGUCGACGAAAUUCAACUUCAAAUCUAGUCAGAUAUGAUUCGUCAACUUGGAAUUCAUUUAAUGUACUAACCACUUCCUUAAACACUAGAUAUUCCCUUCCUUUACGCUUUACUCAAAGCAGUCAAAGCAUAGAUUCAUUAAAGAGACUUCAAUCCUCACCAAUAUUCCCGAAAUCAAAACAGUCAUUGUUGUCAAGUAAACGUGUACGAUUACAGCUAUCAGAUAUUUAUGUUGACAGAUGUAAAUAAUGUGAAUAUCUUUCAUUUUUAUAUUUAGAAUACAAAUGAAUCUGGCUGGAUAGUCAGUGUAUAUUAUAGUUUACACAGUUGUAUGUUUGUCAUUUGCACAAAAGAUGAAAACAGUACUUAAUAACUGAAGUUAAAUUCAAAUUUGGUUAGCAGUACAGACAGUGAAGCACUGGGCUGGUAACCUGUCACUUGUCUGAAUCUAACUGCAAUCCAGGUAAUCGUUUACCUUCAGUUAUCUUUGUUGUAUGAAAUGCGGUUAUUUUUUUUCUUCAGUUAUUGCCUACUCAGUUUUUUGUAAAUUAUUCCCUUUUGUUCUUAUAGUAUAGACAAACAGAAUAAAUACUUUUUCACA